CAUGGCGGUAGUGUGAAGCGGUGGAGAUUCCCCCCUUCUGUAUAAUAUCAUGCAUCUCCUACAGCCCUCUGCAAAGUGCUGAAGUGUGGCCUCGUCACUCGGACACAAAGAGAGAGAGAGAAUGGCGGACCGCAGCAUUGAUAGUCUGCCUCUUCCUCUCGAGGUGAGGGCGAAGCUGGCCGAGCUGGAUUUGGAAUUAUCCGAAGGAGACAUCACACAAAAAGGCUACGAGAAGAAGCGAUCCAAAUUGCUUGGGGCUUACCUACCACAACCUCCAGGAGUGGAACCUUCACUACCACAAGAGCGUCGAACACCAGUCACACCGUCAUCCUCCUCCAGAUACCACCGUCGCCGGUCAUCAGGGUCACGAGAUGAACGUUACAGAUCAGAUGUCCACACAGAGGCAGUGCAAGCUGCUCUUGCCAAACAUAAAGAGAGAAAAAUGGCAGUUCCUAUGCCAUCGAAAAGACGGUCUCUGGUGGUGCAAACCUCAAUGGAUGCCUAUACACCUCCAGAUACCUCAUCUGGUUCAGAAGAUGAGGGAUCAGGGCAAGGUGAUUCCCAAGGAACCCCCUCCUCCAGCCAAGGCAGUCUGAAUAUGGAACACUGGAUAAGUCGAGCAAUCCAUGGGUCCACCACAUCUUCUACCAACUCCUCCUCUUCUACACAGAGCGGUGGAAGUGGUGCUGCUAAUGCACUGGCUGAUGUCAUGACACAAACGCACAUCGAAAACCACUCUGCACCUCCAGAUAUCACAACUUAUACAACAGAACACUCAAUACAGGUUGAACGUCCCCAAGGAUCGACACCAAGAGCAGUCCCAAAGUAUGGAAAUGCUGAACUAAUGGAAACUGGUGAUGGAGUACCAGUAAGCAGCCGAGUCUCUGCAAAGAUCCAGCAGCUUGUAAACACCCUUAAGCGGCCGAAACGCCCUCCAUUACGAGAAUUCUUUGUUGAUGAUUUUGAAGAAUUACUGGAAGUUCAACAGCCAGACCCUAACCAGCCAAGACCAGAGGGAGCACAAAUGCUAGCCAUCAGGGGAGAGCAGCUGGGAGUAGUAACGAACUGGCCACCAUCCCUGGAGGCAGCUCUUCAGCGCUGGGGUACCAUUUCUCCAAAGGCACCUUGUUUGACCACCAUGGAUACAAAUGGAAAACCACUUUACAUCCUUACAUACGGGAAGCUGUGGACAAGAAGUAUGAAAGUGGCUUACAACAUCCUUCAUAAACUAGGCACCAAGCAAGAGCCAAUGGUCAGGCCUGGAGACAGGGUAGCACUUGUUUUUCCAAACAAUGAUCCUGCUGCUUUUAUGGUUGCAUUCUAUGGUUGUCUGCUGGCAGAGGUAGUUCCUGUUCCUAUUGAAGUACCCCUUACUAGAAAGGAGAUAAAGCAACGUUUCCUCCGACUCACUGUGAGCAACGCCAUGGGAGAUCUGCUAGCUUUAAUAAUAAAAAUGGAUGCUGGAAGCCAACAAAUUGGUUUUCUAUUGGGAAGUUGUGGUGUUACUGUAGCAUUAACUAGCGAUGCUUGUCAUAAAGGUUUGCCUAAAAGCCCAACAGGGGAGAUUCUACAAUUUAAAGGUUGGCCACGGUUGCUGUGGUUUGUAACAGAAUCUAAGCACCUAUCUAAGCCACCCCGGGAUUGGUUUCCUCAUAUCAAGGAUGCAAAUAAUGACACUGCGUACAUUGAGUACAAGACAUGUAAAGAUGGCAGUGUGCUAGGUGUGACUGUGACACGAAUUGCACUCUUGACUCAUUGUCAGGCUUUGACUCAGGCCUGUGCAUAUACAGAAGCGGAAACCAUAGUGAAUGUAUUGGAUUUUAAGAAGGAUGUUGGAUUGUGGCAUGGUAUUCUUACGAGUGUUAUGAACAUGAUGCAUGUUAUCAGUAUUCCAUAUUCAUUAAUGAAGGUGAACCCCCUUUCAUGGAUACAGAAAGUCUAUGCAUAUAAGGCUAAAGUGGCAUGUGUGAAGUCCAGGGACAUGCAUUGGGCCUUGGUUGCACACAGAGAUCAGCGAGACAUUAACCUCACCUCACUACGGAUGCUAAUAGUAGCAGAUGGAGCUAAUCCUUGGUCUAUUUCUUCUUGUGACGCAUUCCUUAAUGUCUUCCAAAGCAAAGGAUUACGUCCAGAAGUAAUCUGUCCUUGUGCCAGUUCUCCAGAAGCUUUGACUGUAGCAAUUCGAAGGCCAACAGAUGAUACCAACCAGCCACCUGGCCGAGGGGUGCUCUCUAUGCACGGCUUGAGUUAUGGGGUGAUAAGAGUGGACUCUGAAGAAAAGCUGUCGGUCCUGACUGUGCAAGAUGUUGGCCUGGUGAUGCCCGGAGGUGUGAUGUGUGUUGUAAGACCAGAAGGAAUUCCAUUACUCUGUAGAACUGAUGAAAUAGGCGAACUUUGUGUGUGCUCCAUUGCUGCAGGUACAUCCUACUACGGUCUAUCAGGAAUGACGAAGAACACUUUUGAGAUGUUCCCAAUGAUGAGCUCAGGAGCCCCUAUCAGUGAAUAUCCAUUUGUCAGAACUGGACUCUUGGGUUUUGUUGGCCCUGGCGGAAUGGUCUUUGUUGUGGGAAAAAUGGAUGGCCUGAUGGUGGUCAGUGGGAGGCGGCACAAUGCAGAUGACAUUGUGGCAACAGCGCUUGCAGUGGAACCAAUGAAGUUUGUCUACAGAGGAAGAAUAGCUGUGUUUUCUAUAAAUGUUUUGCAUGAUGAGAGGAUCGUAAUCAUUGCUGAACAGAGACCAGAUUCUACUGAGGAAGAUAGCUUUCAGUGGAUGAGUAGAGUCCUUCAGGCCAUUGAUGGUAUUCAUCAAGUAGGGGUUUACUGUUUGGCUCUCGUACCUGCUAAUACUCUUCCAAAAACUCCUCUUGGAGGCAUACACCUCUCAGAAACCAAACAGUGCUUCUUAGAAGGUUCCCUCCACCCAUGCAAUGUGCUAAUGUGUCCGCACACUUGUGUAACAAAUCUGCCCAAGCCAAGGCAGAAACAGCCAGAGAUCGGCCCUGCUUCUGUUAUGGUUGGAAAUCUGGUAUCAGGAAAGAGGAUUGCCCAAGCUAGUGGAAGGGAUUUAGGACAAAUUGAAGACAAUGACCAAGGUAGAAAGUUUAUGUUUCUUGCUGAAGUUCUUCAGUGGCGUGCACAAACUACUCCUGACCACGUGCUAUUCACAUUACUGAACUCUCGGGGUACAAUAGCCAAUUCGUUAACAUGUCUUCAGCUACAUAAACGAGCUGAGAAAAUAGCAGUUAUGUUGAUGGAGAGGGGGCACCUACAGGAUGGAGAUCAUGUGGCUUUAGUUUAUCCACCAGGAAUAGACUUAAUUGCAGCAUUUUAUGGAUGCCUGUAUGCAGGUUGUGUGCCAAUAACAGUCCGUCCUCCACACCCGCAGAAUAUUGCUACCACGUUACCCACAGUGAAGAUGAUUGUGGAGGUCAGCAGAUCAGCAUGUAUAAUGACAUCGCAAUUGGUAGUAAAACUUCUAAGGUCGCGGGAAGCAGGAGCAGCAGUUGAUGUAAGAACAUGGCCUCCUGUUUUAGACACAGAUGAUUUGCCAAAGAGACGGCCUGCCCAGAUUUAUAAGCCCUCCAAUCCUGACACUUUGGCUUACCUUGACUUUAGUGUAUCUACGACAGGAAUGCUAGCAGGAGUGAAGAAAAACUACUGCUGGGAGGUUGAAGACUCUUACACAGGAGCACCUGGCAUAUAUACACAAGCCUUGCCCUCUAUUUCCAUCAAUCAGUUCACUCAUAAUAUGUCCCAUGCAGCAACUAGUGCCUUGUGUCGUUCGAUAAAGCUGCAGUGCGAGCUUUACCCAUCCCGAGAAGUAGCAAUCUGCCUGGAUCCCUACUGUGGUCUUGGAUUUGUUCUUUGGUGCCUCUGUAGUGUCUACUCAGGGCACCAGUCAAUCCUCAUCCCUCCUUCAGAACUGGAGAUAAAUCCUUCACUCUGGCUCCUGGCUGUCAGUCAGUAUAAGGUUCGAGACACUUUCUGCUCGUACUCCGUUAUGGAACUCUGCACAAAGGGGCUCGGCUCUCAAACUGAAUCACUGAAGACAAGGGGAUUGGAUCUAUCUCGUGUACGAACCUGUGUUGUUGUUGCAGAAGAGCGGCCAAGGAUAGCUCUCACCCAGUCUUUUUCUAAGUUAUUUAAGGACCUGAAUCUUAAUCCAAGAGCAGUUAGUACAUCAUUUGGCUGCAGAGUGAAUCUUGCUAUUUGCCUUCAGGGUACAUCAGGACCAGAUCCCACAACUGUUUAUGUGGAUAUGAGAGCGCUAAGGCAUGACAGGGUCCGUUUAGUGGAAAGAGGAUCUCCUCACAGUCUGCCACUAAUGGAGUCUGGCAAAAUCCUUCCUGGAGUGAGGAUAAUCAUUGCCAAUCCUGAAACAAAAGGGCCACUGGGUGACUCGCACCUUGGAGAGAUAUGGGUUCACAGUGCUCAUAAUGCUAGUGGAUAUUUCACCAUUUAUGGAGAUGAAUCACUUCAAUCCGACCACUUUAACUCACGCCUGAGCUUUGGAGACACGCAAACCGUAUGGGCCCGAACAGGUUACUUGGGAUUUCUUAGACGAACUGACCUUACUGAUGCAAAUGGAGAGCGACAUGAUGCACUGUAUGUUGUUGGUGCCUUGGAUGAAGCAAUGGAGUUACGAGGAAUGAGAUACCACCCCAUUGACAUUGAAACAUCUGUGAUUCGUUCCCACAAGAGCAUCACUGAGUGUGCGGUGUUUACCUGGACAAAUCUUUUGGUGGUGGUGGUGGAGCUGGACGGAUCAGAACAAGAGGCUUUGGACCUUGUUCCUUUGGUCACUAAUGUGGUUCUGGAGGAACAUUACCUAAUUGUGGGAGUUGUGGUUGUGGUUGAUGUUGGAGUGAUCCCAAUCAACUCUCGUGGAGAAAAGCAGCGUAUGCAUUUAAGGGAUGGAUUUUUGGCCGACCAACUAGAUCCUAUCUAUGUGGCCUACAAUAUGUAGCCUCCUGUUCUAAGGCUCCGGUUAACAAUGUGUAUGUACAUAUGUAAAGAGAACUCUUGGUGUUCACCACAAAGUGUGCAGAAACCAAUAGACAGUACUUGUUCCACACAGGGACUUUCUGCACUUGCAAGCACUCUUGACUCGCCACAAAGAUGUGAAACUAAUUCUUUGUACCACAGACGUUUAAUAGGCAAAGACAAUGAUAAGUACACAACCCUUUGAAAGUCAAAAGCCCCAUUCUGGAGCCUAUUUCUUGCUUGUUGGUUGAUUAACUGCUUUUGAAGUAAGUGUACUAUCUGCGCUCUGUAUUUUUAAGUUAUAUCAGCUGAAGUUGCUUACGUUUUUUAAUCUGCCCUCUAAGGGGGUGCUUUUUAUGUAUUCACAUACUGUGGCAAAAAGCAAGUAUUUUAGAUUGUCGAUUCUUGAGAUUUGGUCAAAAAUUGUCAAAACGUUGUAAACAAGGAACCUUCUAUCUAGAACUGAUUGGCUGAGGACAUUUUGCCCCCUCCUUUUUUUUUCUUAUGUCUAGUAUUAGGAGGUACAAGAGUAAUGUCCACCCUGUCAACACCAUCUGCACUGACAUCAUGAGGUCCCUCUCAAAGCAGGGCUCAGAAACCCAGAAAUGUAGUCAGGAGGAGGUAUCUGCUACCAAAUAAUGUGGGUGUCUAUUGUUGGUGUAGCCACUGAUGGGGUCUCAAUAAUGUUUUCGCUUGUGUGAUGAUAUCAUUGUACUACAAACAGGAGGGAAAGAAAUACUGAGUAACUUCAUAUCAUGUAAUUAUGUACAAAACAGUUUUAAUUUAUUUUGUUCUCUUUAGAAGUAUAUUAAGAGAAAGACAUUUGCGAAUGUUUUCCUCUUUUAAGUGUUUGCUAAAAAGAAGCAAAGUGUUGCGUUAUUUUAUGUGGAUAGCUUCACAUCAGCACACUAUAUUCGAGGUAACUCAUCAGAUUUAUGGUUUUACCAAUGGAAGAGAUGUUGAAAAUCCAGUAAUUCUUACUUGCAUGGUGUCCCAGUUUUGAAAUGAACAAUGGUCAUGUUAUUCACCCAGCCCUCAUCAGAGGUGUAGUAUCUCAGUGUGUGAAGUGACCCGCAAGCAACUUCCAUCAGAAGAUUCCAACUUGGGGGAAAAAAAGUCAAUGGACAUCUUUAUGCUUGUGAAUUAACUGAGGUUUAAAAGUGCACUAAAAAAAAUUGAAAAAAAAUCAAUAAAAAAAAUUGUAUUGUGCCAGAUUGCCUGGUGUUCAUUGAUAACUUUGUGUUGGCAUGUGCACACUUCCACUGUUAGACUCUCAGCAUGUGGCAGGUUAAACAGAGUAGAUUGUGUGUUUUCUAAGAUGUGUGCAUGCGUAAUGCUCCAGUGUGACUUCAGAUUACAAACUGACAGCUAUUAAUGAUCGUUUCAAACUUUUUACUGCUGCUAAUUGUGUUUAUAGUAAAGCUUUUUCUUAACUUGUAAUGGGUUUGUAAGAAUUGAAAAUGAAACAAAACAUCUAGCUGCAAAAGAGCCGUUUUGCCAGUAAAUUCACUUUGAAAUAUUGAGUUAAGAUGUAGGAUGUAAGAAACUAAUAUACAAGAAUAAGUGUUAAUUUUUACAGUUAAAAUUUUUGCAAUGAUAUAUUUUACAUUAAAAUGUCAAGUUUUUAAAUUUUUUUCUGAUAGGGUGCAGUGUACUCAGAAAAUUGGUGACUAACACCUUUCCUCCACGUUCGUUACAGUCUCAUUCCCCAUCUCUGUGUAGGUCGUUUGUCAUUUUUCUACACCACCUUCCAUUUAUUUCUAGUUGAGAGGUGAAGAGACUGUGGUUUACAGUUCAUUUCUCUCUGCCUUUGAUAACGUUGCUUUGCGGUUGACUAGUGGAAGACUGAUCAACGACAUUUCACUUUUUCUGUUCACCUAAGCUGAAAAACAUUCGAAAUGAUAUGGCACCACCACAGCAGAUUCACUGAAGACCAACAGGAUACUCGUCAGGUUAGAAUGAUGGGCAACUUUUGAGCUGUCCAGUCAGGUUUGAAACAGUCCGCGUUGGGCUGCCUUAAUGAAUGAGUGAGCUCUUGGGAUAUUGACUACCUUCCAGUGUAUGCAAAUAACGUUCGCCAUGAAUGAGGAAGUAGACAGUUUAGCAGUGGUAAUAAUGCUGCUUUUCUUUCACUCAAACCUAAAUCCAUGCUCUUAACCUAGCACGUUACCUCUAAGGUUUAUAUAUUUUCAAAGCCAGGUAUGUUAUGUCCUCUGCUGCCUGCCAUUUGUAAAGAGAGUCUAACAUUUACUAUUUGUAGUAAAGUAGGUUUCUUGUUUCGUUGUGGGAGUGGAAGAAGCAACCAUCCAGAGUCCAACUAGACUCAGCAAUAAAGAAGGCGUGUCCUUUAUUCGAAAAUGUGCUAUAGAUAAACCAUGCAUUAGAAUGUAUAGAAACAGUUUGUCUUGUGACCUAGUGCUUUGAAGUAAAACAAAACCAUGUAAUCCAACUUGAUGCACAUGCACAAAAAGGAAGGUACAUGAAGAUCAUAUACUGUCAAAACAAAUCAAAAACAGGAUCAGAUUCCUCAUGGUGCUUGUUAUUAUUAUUAAUCCUGCUUGACACUUUACCCAAGGGAAGACUGUCCCUUUAUCAGUUGAAUGUUAGCAGUGUUGAGUCGCAUAGGUUGCUGAAUGGUAAGAGAAUUUCAUGUACUCAACCAAUCACAAUGGAUUUUACUGUGCAAAGGACAGCAAUCUUUCUUGUAUGUUAAAACCACCAGUUCGCUUUGUACAUGUGAUAACGCCUGUUUUAUAUUCAAAUGAACAAAUAAAAGCUUUUAUUUUUGUUGCUCUGAAAA